UCUUUGCUAGAGGUCUCUCUAAUAGUGACAUUGUAUGACUAAACUAUCUUUGACUUGGCAUAUUUGAUUAUUUUUCAUCGUGAUGUGCAGUGGAGGGAUCACUGGAUGCAGAGUGUCUACUUCCUUCCUGCAGAGGAGAAUGUGUCCGAAGGAGAAGAGCUUCAUUUAAUCGUCUCCCAUGAUGACUACAGUCUCUGGUACAGUCUUACGCAGAGUGAACAAAAUGAUGUCAAAGUGGCAAAGUUUCGACCAUGCUGCACCUGUCAGGCCCACCUGGUCUGGACGAGGCCUCGCUUCGGGGAACUGAACGACGAACAGAGGACAGAGAGUUACGUGAACGCAUUACGUAGUAUUCUGAAACCAGACAGUGUAUGUUUGUCUGUCAGUGAUGGGAGCCUGUUACCUAUUUUUGCUCAUCUGCUUGGAUCUAAAAAGGUGAGUAGGCCUUUUCUUUUUUUUUCUUUUUUUUUGCAUGAGUCAGAAGGUUCUCAAAUUAGCGAGCUCCUUUCUCCCUACACAGAAAGCUGCCUUCUGAGGCAGCAUCCUAAGCUUCAUGGGAACUUUUAAGUAAGUUAUAUGCAACUCUAUGCACUAGAUGACUUGAUUUCAGUUGCGUUUGAUGAUAGCAUGUUGCUAAGCUAUUAAUGCAAUGUUGGGUAAAUAAUCUGUUUUGAGCUAAACUAAACUAUUUUUAUUGAGUAAAUUAUAAGCACCACACAACUUUCAGUUGACUUCAGUAGAG